AGUAAACACGGGGAUUGGAGAAGGAAGAUCGAAGUUCCCCUAAAAUCUCCUAUUUUAUGUCGAUUUGAGAAAAUAUUUCUAUAAUUUUACUAUCUGUGUGUCGGUAAAGUGAUGGUGGGCACUUCAAUGCAGAAAUUAAAGAGCUUGCUAGAAGAUAUUGAGAGCUUCCUCAAGGAGAUCCAGAGAAAAGAGAACCUGUCGCCAUGGGCGGUGAAGGAACGGACCAAGGUCUUGAACGCACUGCAAGACUUCAGGAAAGAAAAUAGUGAAUUGUUGGUUGAGGACAACUGCCAGUCAAACUCUGUGGGGCCAGAUGAUGAACUGUAUGAUGAUACCUGUGUCACAACGGGUACCAUGGGUUCGGUGUCAACUGAAGGCCUCGAUGACAUCUACGAGGACACAGACAUGCCAGACACGACAUCGCUAGCUAGAAGUCAAACUGAAAGUGUUGGUGAGACAUUGAGUAAACAGGAAGAUGGUGACUCCGACUCGAAAUCUAUCGCAGUAAAGGAUAUUGAGAACCCGCAGAUGUCUGGAUAUAUGGAAAAGAAGAAGAAAUCAGACAGUAAGCUGACAAGUAAACUAUUUGGCGGUGGUUUCAAGAACCAUUACCUUGUUCUCAAAGAUGGUGUGCUCUACUUCUACAAGAAGGAGACGGACAAGGCACAGAAAGAAACUUUGAAUAUUGAAGGAUAUGAUAUUCGACCCAUCCCUGGACUUAACAAGGACAAAGCAGAGAAAUCGAUCCAGUUGUUUUGCCCAGCCAAAGCAACUUAUGAGUUGUUGGCACCAAGUAAAGAUGAAUGCAAAAAGUGGACUGGCGCUCUUGAGGCUGUGUUAGGAAAGAUCACUUUGGACUCGGUGUCUACCACUGAAGGAACAGGGGACAUAGAUGACAUUGACGGUGAAAUCUACGAUGAGGCAGAUAUGAUUGGCAAGGAUGUGCGCCUGACACCAAUGGCACCAGAUGAAGAGACGUACGAUGACACCACAAUUCAAUCAGAUCUACCACCACAGCCUGACUGGGGCAAACUGCCACCACCUCCGGAUGACUUUUAUGAAGACACCGAGCUUGCUAAACCGCCACGUCCAAGCAAAGUGUUACUGGUACAUCAAAAAUCAUCACUGCAUGGCGCUCCGAAUUCACCAGGACCUGUGGAGACAUAUGAUGAUACGUUCGCACCUCCAGCUAUUGCUGAAGAGUUAUAUGAUGACAGCGCUCUUCCAAUUGAGGAAGAAAUUUAUGAUGAUGCAUCAGUACCCCCGCCCCCAACACAUCCUCCGCCAAAGUUACCACCCGCAGUAAAAUCUCAGAUGCAAUCUCGUCCCCCUGCUCAGGUGCCAACUGAAGAGGAGAUAUACGACGACACAGAUGCACCUCCCCCUCCUCCAGUGGCGAAGUUGCCACAACCUGCCAGACCUGUGCAAUCUCGUCCCCCUGCUCAGGUGCCAAUUGCGGAGGAGAUAUACGACGACACAGAUGUACCGCCACCACCUCCAGUGGCAAAGUUGCCACAACCUGCCAGACCUGUGCAAUCUCGUCCCCCUGCUCAGGUGCCAAUUGCGGAGGAUAUACGACGACACAGAUGUACCCCCACCACCUCCAGUGGCGAAGUUGCCACAACCUGCCAGACCUGUGCAAUCUCGUCCCCCUGCUCAGGUGCCAAUUGCGGAGGAGAUAUACGACGACACAGAUGUACCCCCACCACCUCCAGUGGCGAAGUUGCCACAACCUGCCAGACCUGUGCAAUCUCGUCCCCCUGCUGACGAUGUUGCAGGCAGUAAUACAACUCGGCGGCCACAAAAGCCUCUACCCAAAGUUGAAGAUUACCCCGGUAUUGACGACUAUGAUGAUAUAUAUUUGAGCAAGUGGGAUCACAGUCCUCUGAAAACCGAUGAGCUGUGUAUGAAACGU